CUGACGGAGAGUGAGGUUUGGGCCGACGAGCACUUAAAUAGAAGCAGCAAAAGAGCAACUGCAGUUGCACAUCGACAGUUGAUAGACACAGAAGCCUGAAAGUCGCCCCUUGUUAGAAAACAGCCAAAAUUUAUUGGCGAAAAUGUACGAGGCGCAAUACCUUUGGCUCUUUGGCUUGGUCCUAAUAUCAGGAUCGGUCACCGAGCGUACCACGCCCAAAAUAAACUUCACUACGGUGGUUGGCUUAAAGACCACUCCUGCGAUGCGCAGUUCCUCUGCUUCCUCUCUAGGUGGCUCACUGCCUAUGGUUAUAAAUACAUGGAACUUCACAGAUGCCAAUUUUCUGGCCUGGCGGAUUCUGAAUGUAACUCAGGGUGGUCUUCGCCAGACGCGUAAUGCCGUAGUGGAGGGAUGUACCAGGUGCGAGCAGCAACAGUGCGACCGAACUGUUGGCUAUGGUGGUUCUCCCGAUGAGUUGGGGGAGACAACGUUGGAUGCAAUGAUCAUGGAUGGCAGCAGCAUGGAUGUGGGGGCUGUAGCAGGCCUGAGAGGCAUCAAGGAUGCCAUUAGAGUGGCUCGGCAUGUUCUGGAGCACACAAAGCACUCUAUGCUGGUAGGUGAUUUAGCCUCUCAAUUCGCCCAGGCUAUGGGAUUUCGUUCCGAAUCCCUGGCUACGCCAGAAUCAAAGGCUAUGUGGAUGGAAUGGACAGCGGCAAAUUGUCAGCCAAAUUUCUGGAGGAAUGUUCAUCCAGAUCCAUCCAUCUCCUGCGGUCCGUACAAACCCAAAGCCACGCCGCUAACUCGCUGGAAGGAAGACCGUGCGCGCACAGAGUACUCGAUUGGGCACCUGAAUCAUGACACGAUUGGCAUGAUAGCCAUUGAUGCUGCAAAUAACAUCCAUGCUGGGACCUCAAGCAAUGGAGCUCGCCAUAAGAUCCCUGGACGAGUUGGAGAUUCGCCAAUACCCGGGGCUGGCGCGUAUGCGGACAAUGAGGUCGGCGCUGCCGUGGCUACCGGAGAUGGCGAUAUUAUGAUGCGUUUCCUGCCCACUCUUCUGGCUGUGGAAGCCAUGCGGGCGGGCAAGAAGCCUGCGGAGGCAGCUGAGGUGGGCAUUCGACGGAUCAGUAAGCAUUACAAGGACUUCUCGGGAGCGGUCAUCGCUGUCGAUCGCUUGGGCCAAUAUGGGGCAGCCUGCUAUGGCAUGACCGAGUUUCCAUUUGUGGUCAGCAACCCAUCCAAGACAGAUAUACCGUCGCGCCAGGAGAGUGUCAAGUGUAUAACGGGCAAGGAGGCUGUGAACGUGGUUUGAUUGUAAUUGGACAUUGCAUUUUUAAACAUGAUCG